GUCAAUUGCCAAUUUAAGACAGUGGAGCUACGGGACAGCAGUUUCUUCUGAGCAUAUUGUUGCAUGUUUGGCGUAUUCCGUUUUUCGAUUGGUCGUGAGUCGUGACUCGUGUUGUUAUCAUACGAACGGUUAGUACUGUUGUGACCAGUGAUAAUAAAUUGUGAAACAAGUGCUGACUCUUAUUUUGGAAUAAUUUAUAAACCUUAUUAUUUUGAAAAUAUAUAUAAACUAUGUAAAUGUUAAAAAAAUGGAAUUUUUGCAUAGUUGAUUAAUGCAGAUUCAAAGUUCAGUGUUGGUGCUUUUUAUUUCGAUGCCCUCGAGCGUUUUAGUUGCAUGAAUUGAAGUAAGCGAGGGCAGCGUUUUGAUAGUAAAUUUGUUCGAUAUGGCUGCUCCAGGCGCUGCUAAUACAAGACUAAAUAUCUAUACUGCUACACCUACCCAAGCAAGCAUGCCGAGUCCAGAUUUUGGUAUAUCCCCUACUUUUGAUAUGGCUAGUACCAGUUGCGGAGAUUCUUCGUCUGAUGCACACUCGCCGGAUUUACCGAAGGCUAAAGCGAGUGAUAGAGAAUGUCGUAUUAUCGCAGAAAAGCACCGUAGAAGUCAAUUCAAUUCAGAAAUUGCACAAAUGAUGACCCUUCUUUCUGAUAUUGUGCACUCCCAGAGAAAGGUAGACAAAACUAGUGUUCUAAGAUUAGCCGCUAACAAACUUCGCAACGAACAUGUAUUUGGUGAUACUAUAAAAUGUUGUCAUUUAGAAACUUGGUCAAAUGCAAUCAUGAAAUUUUUUGACAUUAUUGGAGGAUUUAUGAUCGCAGUGACAUGUCGCGGUCGCAUUUUUAACGUGUCGCCAAAUGUUCAGGAAAAAUUAGGUUAUUGUCAUGUUGAUCUGCUUGGUCAAGAUAUAUACAAUUAUGUUCACAAUGAAGAUAAAGAAAUUUUACGAAAACAUAUUUAUCCAACUGAAUUACAGACUGGCUGUGAUUCAAAAAUGUUUGAGCAACACCAUAAUUUCUGUAUAAGAAUACUGCGUGCUGGUGCAAGAGCUGAUCCACCGAAAUAUGAACGCUGUCGUAUUGAUGGUAUGCUACGUAAGUCAGAUAAAGCUACAUCUAAUGGAGUUGAAGAUGAAAAAACAAUAAGAAGGCAAAGAGUCCGACAUCAGAGAACAUUCUCAUCAAGUGGAAAUGAUUUUGUUUUUAUUGGUAUGGUUCAUCCUAUUACGAAUCCAUUGCCAGUAAAGAUUUUACCACCAACAGCUUAUUCAGAGUACUGGACCAGGCACCUUGUUGAUGGCAGAAUUGUCCAAUGUGAUCAAAGCAUUUCACUGGCAGCUGGAUAUAUGACGGAAGAAGUUACAGGAACCUCUGCUUUUGUAUUCAUGCAUAAAGAAGAUGUCCGCUGGGUUAUUUGUGUGUUACGUCAAAUGUAUGAUGAAAGCAAGGAAUUUGGGGAAUCUUACUAUAGAUUAAUAUCUAGGUCAGGUCAUUUCAUCUACAUGCGAACAAGAGGUUUCUUGGAAAUAGACAAAGCUACUAAAAAAGUUCAAAGCUUUGUAUGUGUAAAUAGUGUUAUAGGAGAAGAAUAUGGUUGUAAGAUGAUGGAAGAAAUGAAACGAAAAUAUUCAGUAAUGGUUGAUGUUGAAACUAACCAAAGUGAUGUGGCAAUCACACAAGAUGAAGCUCCAGUAGAGGACCCUAAACAUUUAGAGCAAAUUGUUAUGCAUUUGGUAGAACCGGCUGCUAGUGAUAAUUUUGAUGAGUUAAAAUUGGUAGCACCUUCUAAAGAGAAUAUUAUUUCUGCUAUUAAAAAUAGUGAAAGGGUUGUUCAUGAAACGGGUGUUAGGUUUGAUACACGGAAAAGAAAAAAUUCUGAUUGUGAAGAUAGUAAAGAACACUUAAAAAGGCAAAUUUGCUUAUCAGAUAAUUGAACAAAAGAAAUGUCAUUUAAUUUGUGUUCCUUUAACCAUGGACAUUUAAGUCAGGUUAAAUAUUUGUUAUAAACGUGAUACAUGUAAGUAUGUAUUUAUAAUUAAGAAAUAUUACCAAUUGUGUCCAUCCAAAAAGGUAUGCCUGUAAACUAUUUUCAGAAAUAAUACAAAACAAAAUGUUUUGUAUGCAAAAGCAAAUAUUUUUUCUCCCUGGGCAGUGUAUUUAAGAGGUGCAUUGAUAAAUUACUUUUUAUUUACAAAAAAAAAUUAUCUUUGUGCCAAAUAUAAUUCUAGGUCUACAUUUAAAAAAACGAAUGUAUUGAGCUAUAUAAACUGUAACUUGCCAUUUUUUAAAUAGAAUUAAUAUUUUUUUUCAAUUGACAUCACUGUAGUGGUUUUAAAGAAGCAUUUUAGAAUUGGUAAAUAGGAGAAACAGUGGCGAAUUUACAAUGGCAGGGUUAUCUAAGGAAAGCCUGUUAUCAAGUGACAAUACUUGUUUUUGCCAAAACAAGUUGCGUGAAAAAAUCAGGGUAAAAAAUUAUGGUAAAGGUAGGUGAAAUGAUAAAAAAUAUUUCAAGUAAGUGCCAUGGAAAAUGUUUGUUUCAUUUUUUCUAAGCCUUUUAGUUUAGUUUAUUGAGUGCAUUUUUUAAUGGUAGCAUUCUACAGCGUUGCUAUGAUUAGAGGCUUUUAAUAGUGUAAUAUUAUGAUGAUCAUAUAAACCACAUUGUCGUAUGAUGGUUGCACAAAGCAAAUUAUCUUACAGGUGUACUUGAAAAUAUAAUUACAAAAAAAAACAGUACAAAACUGUUGCAUUUAAUAUAUUAUAAGUCCCUUUUAGUCUGGCACUAAUAAUAUAUUAAAUGUAUCAGGCUGUUUUUCUGAUACAUAUCCAUACCAUCAGGCAUCAUAAUUGGACAGCUAAGUUAUGUAAUAAGUAGUUAUUUUAAUGUGUUUAAAAGAUCUGAGUGUUAUAUUGAUAAUGUGUAAAUAAUUUCAUCUUGUUAAGGUGCUCAAUAUUACAUUCUUAUUUUGUCAAUGAAAUAAAAUAGACAAAGAGAGCACAUAUGGACGGAAGCAUAAUUAACAGAAUUUUGAAGCAAUUUUAUUGAAUGACUAUGAUUAUGUUUAGGUGUAAACUAAUAUUGUUAUCGGAAUGUGUCCAAUUAUCGAUUGAUAUUUAGUAAUGUAAAUAUAAUUUAGAAUACCUAUAUACAAUUAUUAUAAUAUAAGAAUACCUUGACUGAAUGUUUAUUCAAUUAUACUAUUAUGAAUGUUUUUUAAAAUAUAAAAAUUUUGGGAUUUUGCUUGAAUAGGAUUACAUUGUUUUUAUGACAUUUAACCUAGCUCAAUAAGUAGGUAUUUAAGUGUUUGAAGCUUCAUACCUCGAAGGAGUGACUGUUAACUGUGCAUUUUUUUGGCAAGUAGUUACAUAUUUCGGAUAUUAUUAUGUUAUUUUGUUAUAUUUGAAGUGCAAUAAAUGUAUAUAAUAAAUAAUACAUUAAAAACCAGUUUUCAUGUUGUUGAAUGUUCAAUGGCUAAAUUAAAACUUUUUUUAUGCGUGCACUUUUAAAAUGGGAUCUAACCUUUAGAUGAAUACUUAUAUGACUAACCUAUGAUCUUUGAAAAUAUUCAAUAUGCUUUGGCCCUUUGGUUAUUUUAUGAUUUUUCAUAUUAGGCAGCUGUGUGCCUCUAUAAUUGUACACACUAUAAGUUUAAUGUUACAACUCCUAUGUAAAUAUAACUUUAUUUAAUAUUAUAUAUAAUUCAAUAGUAUAUUAAUUGUUGAAGGGUUCAGCAUUAUAAAAAAGCUGGAGAAAAACUUAAAAACUAUUAUGGUUUUAAAAGACUUUUUUAGAUAUUUUUUUUUGUGCCAUGAUGAAUAAAUUCUUUUGAAAGUAGCAUGGCUCAUAUGGUUGUUAGUAAACGUUUUUGCCAUUAUAAGGUUUAAAAUAUAUUUUUUCUAUUUUUAGGGUGGUCACAUAUGGUAGGUUGGUAUUUUUAUUCUGGAAUUUUACAUACAAUAUUCUUUUAUUUAUAAAUAAAGCAACUGAAAGAAAAUUAAUUUAAACUUAUGGAAUUUAAACCUUAUUUGUAAACACAAACUAAUGCUGGAUAAAGUGCAUCAAGUCAGCUAUUAAAAAUAUUAAAAUAUUUUGGUAUUCUAUAUACAUAAUAUGGUUAAAAUUGUUGGUUUGCUCAAAUUAACGCUUUAUGUUGCCAUACUGUGUUAUAUUGAAUUUAUUAGUUUCAUUUUGAUGUGGCAACCUUUAACAUUGUGUUAGCAAUUAGCUUAGGGUUGUGAUGAUUUGUCCCAUAAUAUUUCGGCCUAUUAGUUCUAUAUUUUUACAUAAUUGUAGCUUAUAUUUACUAAGAGUUACUCUUUCAUAUUCAUCUAAAUUAAAGCCUUUCCGUUGAACAAACUUUUUUAUAAAACAAGUUUUUUAAGAAUAAAAUAAUUGUAAAAAACUGAAAUUUCUAAACAUAUAAGACUUGAAAACAAUGAAAUCCGCUAAUACAUAUUUAUAAAUAUUCAGUCCGAUGCAAGGGUUAACCGUUUGUUUUUGUUUAAUUAUAAUUUCGUAUAACUAUUCUAUUAGUGUAUGUAAAUGUCAAUGCCUACUCCCCACCAGAUAUUAAGAAUGUUAGAAAUAAGGUAUUAGUCAAUAAUUUGCGACCAAAAUUAUUAUAUUUUACAUGAAUAUUAUUCGAUGUACUAUUAUUGUACUGGAUGUAAUAAAAUGUUUAAAAAUA